UUAAUUUUCAAUGUUAGAAAGAAAAAGUUUGGUCUCUAUGCAUAUUGGCUUGAUUUUUAAAAAGAAAAAUGGAAGAAUUCCAGUUAUAAACAGUGAAGGGAAAUUCAAAAUUUUUUCUCUAUUGCUAAAGAAAUUUUCACUCCAAUUCUUCCUACCAACACAAAACCUGUCAUAAAUUUUCAAGUAUAAUUGAUGAGGCUUAUCCCAAAAUGACUACUUUUCGUAUUUCAUGAUUCAAAGUAAUGAUUCAUAAGUAUGAAUUCAAGUCUUUUUAUUGCAUAGAUGGUGGUAUUGUAUGAUUUUAAUUCAACGUACUUAAAAGGAUUCUUAAGUAUGGUGGUAUUGUAUGAUUUUGAUUCAUCGUAUCUGAUGGUCUGAACAAAUGAUUCAUGAGAAUGAAUUCAAAGAACAUGAUGCUUAAAGUUUUCUCCAAUGAAUGUUGUUUGUAUGAUACAAAAAAUUAUGUAGAUAUUCCUGUGUUUUCACCCCAACAACCAAAGUCCUUCUGAAUCAAAUCCCACUUGAGACAGACUACAGAAACAGAAAGAGAAUGUCAUUUUCCAUUUCUCAUUUUUUCCCCUACAAAUGCAUAAAACCUUCAUUUGUAGGCAAAGCUCAGUUACACCAAACAAAAUUUCCCAUUAUUUUUUUUCCAGGUUUGUUUUUUAUUAUCUCUCAACUUUAGCAUGAGAUAAAGAGUCAAAUACUUUAUCAACAGAUCACGCUACUGUUGGCGAUCUUUUAACUUCCCUACUUCAAAACCAAGCCAAAUCUCCAAACUCAACAAAACAAAGUCUCAUGUCUUUUUCUCUUUAACAACCCUUUCUUCUAAAAUUCCAGGGAGAAGUGGAAAACCCCCCAUUGCAUAUUUAGCCUGUAUGCUAAGCAAGGUUAGGUAACUGACAGCUACAAUUUAGACACCCUUUCAAAAUUCUUCCUUUUUACAGCAUUUCCUGACUUGGGUUUCACCCAGUUCUUGUUCUUCAGCUCAAUUCAAUUUGCCAAAUGAACUGUUCAGAAGAACUCUAGAGGAUACCCCCGAGGCUUUGUUUGGCUUGUUUUUGUUGCUGUUUUGGUUCUGUUUAAGACAAGAAAUUAACAAUGCAGCUUCAUAUCUCACCAAGUUUGAGGCAUGUAACAGUACUUCCGGCGAAAGGUGUAAGAGAAUUCAUUAAAGUCAAGGUUGGUUCAGGACGGGUUUCCUAUCGAAUGCUUUUCUAUUCACUUCUCUUCUCCACAUUCCUUCUUCGGUUUGUCUUUGUUUUGUCAACUGUUGAUAGCAUUGAUGGAGAUCAUUCCAAGUGUUCCACCAUUGGUUGCUUGGGAAAAAGAAUAGGACCAAGGAUCUUGGGAAGAAGGAUUGAGUCAAAUGUCCCAGAGGUGAUAUACCAGAUACUAGAUGAACCUGUAAGAAAAGAUGAAGUACAAGGAAAAACUGAUAUUCCUCAGACAUUAGAAAAGUUUAUGGCUGAAAUGAAAGAAGGCAGAUCAGAUGCAAAAACCUUUGCUCUAAGGCUUAGAGAAAUGGUAGUUCUACUUGAACAAAGAACCAGAACAGCUAAAAUCCAAGAAUAUUUGUACCGCCAUGUAGCAUCCAGCAGCAUACCAAAACAGUUGCAUUGCUUAGCACUAAAGCUAGCCAAUGAACACUCCAACAAUGCCGCUGCUCGCCUCCAGCUCCCCUCAGCAGAACUCGUUCCUGCCCUUGUCGAUAAUUCUUACUUCCACUUCGUCCUUGCCUCAGAUAAUGUGCUUGCAGCCUCAGUUGUUGGAACAUCCCUUGCAAAAAACGCGUUACGCCCUGAAAAAUUUGUGCUACACAUAAUAACAGAUAGGAAAACUUACUCCCCAAUGCAGGCCUGGUUUUCAUUGCAUCCUUUAGCACCUGCUAUAAUUGAAGUUAAGGCAUUGCAUCAAUUUGAUUGGAUUUCAAAAGGGAAGGUUCCUGUUUUGGAAGCAAUGGAAAAAGAUCAAAGGGUAAGGUCACAGUUCAGAGGGGGGUCAUCAGCAAUUGUAGCAAAUAAUACCGAGAAGCCUCAAGUUAUCGCAGCAAAACUACAAGCACUCAGUCCUAAGUACAACUCCUUGAUGAAUCACAUUCGGAUACAUUUGCCAGAGUUGUUUCCCAGCCUAAACAAGGUUGUCUUCCUAGAUGAUGACAUUGUGAUACAAACUGAUCUAUCACCUCUAUGGGACAUUGAUAUGAAUGGAAAAGUUAAUGGGGCGGUGGAAACAUGUAGGGGUGAAGAUUCAUUUGUCAUGUCAAAACGGUUCAAGAGCUAUCUCAAUUUCUCCCAUCCUUUGAUUGCAAAGAAUUUUGAUCCUAAUGAAUGUGCAUGGGCAUAUGGCAUGAACAUUUUUGAUCUGGAUGCUUGGAGGAAGACCAACAUUAGCCUUACAUACUAUCACUGGCUUGAAGAGAACUUGAAAUCAGACCUCAGUUUGUGGCAACUUGGCACUUUACCCCCUGGUCUAAUUGCAUUCCAUGGUCAUGUUCAUGUUAUUGAUCCCUUUUGGCACAUGUUGGGAUUGGGGUACCAAGAUAAUACAACUUUAGCUGAUGCUGAAACAGCUGGGGUCAUCCAUUUCAAUGGAAGAGCAAAACCUUGGCUAGACAUAGCCUUCCCUCAACUUCGACCUUUAUGGGCCAAAUAUAUCGAUUUCUCUGAUAAAUUCAUCAAGGGUUGUCAUAUUAGGGCAUCUUAACAAGGAUUUUGAGAGAGUGCAGUUACCAUAAUGAUGAUAAAAUACAUGUUUGUAUAUGAGAAAGAAGAGAAGAGAGAGUUCUUUACAAAUUCAAGGCCUUCAAACUUCAAUAUAGAUUCUGAAAUGAUAACAGCAACAAUAAAGAAAUUGUUGUAGCACACCAAAAAU